AGUGACGCGCAUGCGGAGCCGCGGCGGGGCCGCCCCGCCAUGUCGCGGAGCCCGGGGCGGCGGCCGCAGUUGUGAGUACGGGCGGGCCCGGGGCUCCGCCUCGCAGGGACGCCCCGCCAGGUGGAGGAACAAGCCUCUUUGGAGGUUUCUUCUUGGUGCCAGUUUGCAGCCCUAGUUAGUUGGGGGCGCAGCAUUGCAGGCUGUAUGUACCGAGUCAUUCAGACAACGGGACCAGAUGGAAAAAACCUUCUGAAAUUGCUUCCCAUUUCUAAAACUUCCAGAAGCUUUGUGCCAAUAGUUCAGUCUCCAGCCAUGCCAAAUAAUUCUAACGCAAAUGUUUCUAGCCCAGUCCAUCUUACUUUUAAGACACAGAUUGGCAAUACUGCUGCACCUUCAUCUGUUAAGAUACCGGUUUUUCAGCCACCUAAUCCUGGAAAGAUUAUUCUUACGAGGACGUUAGACAAGCAGGAAAGUGCUAGGGCAGGUUCUGAAAAGGAAAGCUUGAUUCCAAACGCAGCUGCCAAUGCCCAGAGCAGCUCUGUGCCCAUGGAUGGAGUGUCCUUGCAGAACAUGGCCAUCACGAGCUCCUCUCACCAGAGCAGCCCAACCUACACGGUGGUGAGCACCAAACCCCUCCCAGUGACUGUUAAGUCUCCAAUGCUGCCCUCCGGACACCACCUCCAGAUUCCAGCUGAUGCAGAAGUGAAAUCUGUCCCAGCGUCUCUUUUGCCACCUGCAAUACAGCAAAAAAUCCUGGCAGCUGCAGCCACCAAUGUGUCUGGAGGGGCUGACAGUACAAAAGCACCAACAGUGAUUUACGUGUCACCCGUAAACACAGUGAAAACCUCCCAAGUCCUGCCCAAGCACUUGCAGAGCUUUUGCCCUCAACCUGCCACAGAAGUUUCAAAGACACUGAUAGUGACAGCUGCCCAGAAGGGAUCUGGUUCUUCUCCUGAGCCAGUCACAUCCGAGGGGCAGCAGUGCCAGCAAACUCCCAUGAAAUGGAUUGUGCAAGAAACUGCCCCAUUCUCAGCAGCUUGUCGUAUCCCUGUAAAGUCUUCAAGUAAUGUGGCUUCCAAGAUCCUGAAAACUUUGUCAGACACGAAGAAUGUAGAAGUUAACCCUGCAAAUAUUUUGCCACUCUGUUCUAAUGGUCCUGGUGGAAGCCAAACCAAAAUCACACGUUUAAAAGAUAAUGCUCUGGUCAUGUACAAUGGGAAAGUCUAUUUAUUGACCAAAAAAGGCUCUGAUGUUCUGUCAGCCCAGGCUGACAAACAGACAUCUCCCUCUUCUGAUGCUUUACUUAAAAAGGAGACACCCGAGCAAAUUGAUUCUACUGAAGUCAAUAAAAUAACCAGUAAAGUGGUGAAUCUGGUAUUGUCAAAAAGCAAAGGAGUGGUGCUGUCUCAGAAAGACCCAAAACCAUGUACAGUUUCCAAAAAUUCAUCCCACAUUAGCUUAAGAAAUGACUUAAAAUCCACAUCUGCAGCUCUGCUGACACCAAGUGCUAACCAGCAGGAUCCCACUGUAAUCCAGAGACAGAGUUUGCCCUUCACCAAGAGCAUUUCUUGCAGUGAAGUGAUCCCAGUUCCAGCAGUAGGGAUGCAGGAGAGUGUGUGGCAAAAUGGCAAAGACAUGAGUCAUUCCACAAGAGCAGCAGGGGCUGUGUUACCUCAGGCUAAGCAGGAAUGUGCUGUCAGUGAAGACUGGCCAAAGAUGCAAUGUGUAAAGAUGGAUUCACCGGGAAAGGUUAUUCAAAUCAAUCACCAAGAGCACUCACACUGGAGACAAUAUUUGGAAUUAAGGAAAAAAUUUGGUCUCUUUAAGGAGGAAAGAGUUUACCUUACGAGAAUACCAUUAAGGGCCUUCUGUGAGAAUCCAGAAGAAGGGGUUUGUUCCAGUGACAGCUUGGAAAGGAAAAAUGAGUCUUGCAGUUCAUCCUCAUUGGAUGUGGAAGUAAUGAGUCAUCAUCAGGAAUGUGUUAAAGAAAAGAUAAUUGUGGGUCUGGAAGAAGAUUUGAUUAGGAAAAGGAAAAUAAAAUCCUCACCUUUGUCAGACAGUGGCAAGAGGAGGAGAACUUCAAUCAAAUCAGCCACAAGUCCCAGUUUAGAAAUCACCAGCUCAAGUUCCAGUGCACAUAACAGGAGUGUUUCACCUGCACCAGCCCCAGCACAGCCAAGUGUUCCCACUGGCUUUGUUGGAGUGUCCCAAGAGAGGGACUUGGAGCAGGACGCGUUCCCCUGGUACAGUGGCACUACCCACCCAGGGAUUUCAGUUUUAGUGACUUCUGAAGAGGAUACUUCCAUUCUGGAAGGUUCUUUCCGAGAUGAUGCUUUCCCUAUGGCUCCCCCGGACCUGGAGGAGACGAUACGGGAAGAAAGAAUCAAGCGACUGAAGCAGACCCUGCGGCAGCAGAACGCGGCGCUGGAGGAACUGCGCCGGGAAAGGCAGCAGAGCUGAGACCCCUGCCUGGGGAUCCCAACCUUGUGCAUCACCUCUUCAGUGACUUCAAGAGGAAGUCCCUUGCUUAAAUGAAUAUUUCUGGUAGACGGAAGAACUAGAUGAAUUUUAAGUAUGUGUGUAUUUAGAGAACUGUAGGUUUUUGUUAAAUGCCAGAAAUAAGAGAGUUGACCAUUAAAUUCUACUUCUAGGACAUGAUCCAAGAGCACAGACAAAGGGCAUUUUUACCAGCAUAUUCCCCAUAUUUUGAAUAGUGGGGGUUCUGUAUUAGCCUCAGCAAAUAAACUUUCCCCUUUUGAAUUCCAUGACCUGGCUUUUAGAACCCCAAUGAAAAUUGCAAACCCUAGUUGUAGAUACUUUUUUGUUUGUUUUUCUUAUGUGCAUGAGAACUUUGAUAACUCUUGAGAACUGUUAAUUUUCAGAAGAGGUCAAAAGUCAGUGGUUAAUAAAUGCUAUUUAAAUUAUCUGGGAAUUGGACUUUAGACAGUAACAGUGCAGAUAUCUAUACAAAACCUCUUGCAGAUGUGAAGACAGAGGCAGGAGGAACCCUGUGACAGUUGUUUGGAUUCAUGGUUCUCUCUGUCAUUAUUGUGAGCCUUUAUAAGGCCAUGGCCAGCUGUGCAAUGUGGAAAUUUGGUUGUGGGGUUGUUUUGGAAGAGUGGGAUGUAUUUUUUUUAAUCAGAAUUCUGUUAAUAAUAAUUUCUUGAAGCUAAAA